AUGCGGCCUUACGGGCGCAAUGCGCAAUGGGCGUUGCAGCGAGCGGGUAUCGCCGCCCACUGUUUCGUGAUUCCGCCCGGCGAGACCAGCAAGUCAUUCCAGCUGGCCCAGGAAAUAUACGAAUGGCUGGUCGGCCUCAAAGCCGAACGGGGUCAGCCCAUUAUUGCGAUCGGCGGCGGCGUGUCGGGCGACCUCGGCGGUUUCAUCGCAAGCACCUUCCUGCGGGGCGUGCCCUUCGUGCAGGUUCCCACCAGCAUGGCGGCUAUGGUCGAUGCAUCCAUCGGUGGCAAGGUGGCCGUCAACCUUCCCCAGGCCAAAAACAUGGUGGGCGCGUUUUACCAGCCCCGGGCCGUGCUCGCCGACGUAGGGGCCCUCUCCACCCUCGGCAAGCGUGAAUUGGCAGAAGGUUGGGCCGAAGCCAUCAAGCAUGGUCUCAUUCUCGACCCAUCGACGAGCGCGAAAACCCUCGGCAUCCGCAUCCUGCUCAACUACGGUCACACCAUCGGCCACGCCCUGGAAGCAUCCACCGAGUACGGACGCUUCAUGCACGGCGAGGGCGUUUCGGUGGGCAUGAUGGGCGCUGCCCGUAUCGCCCGUGAGAUGGGUAUGAUUGGCGACGACAUCGUAGAACGCCAGCGCACCCUGCUGCAAAGGUUCAACCUGCCUAUCACGGCGCCGGAUGUCGACCUGGCCGCAGUACGCAGCGCCAUGUCCCUGGACAAGAAAACCGUGGGCGGAGCCAACCGGUGGGUUCUCCUGGAGGAUGUCGGCCAAGCCACGGUGCGGCGCGAUAUUCCCACCGAACUGGUCGACGAUACCCUGGCGUGGCUGACCCGCUAA